AGGCCGGUCCUUAGUUCAGAGCUGCCUAGUCGCCGAGCAGCCAACAUGGGCAAUUUGAAGAGUGUGGGUCAGGAGCCUGGCCCGCCCUGCGGACUGGGCCUGGGCCUGGGGCUGGGACUGUGCAGCAAACAGAGUGGGACGCCAGGACCAGAGAAUGGGGGUCCACCGGUGGCUGACAUCAGCCCUCCGGUAGCCCGGCCACCCGAGGGACCCAAAUUCUCAAGGAUAAAGAACUGGGAAGUAGGAAGCAUCACGUAUGACACCCUGAGUGCCCAAGCACAGCAGGAUGGGCCCUGUACCCCAAGACGCUGCCUGGGCUCCCUUGUGUUUCCAAGGCAACUUCAAAGCCGCCCCACAGAGGGGCCCCUGUCCCCUGGCCAGCUACUCAUCCAGGCCCGAGAUUUCAUUAACCAAUAUUACAGCUCUAUCAAAAGGAGUGGCUCCCCAGCCCACGGACAACGGCUUCGGGAAGUGGAGGCCGAGGUGGCAGCCACAGGCACCUACCAACUCCGGGAGAGUGAGCUUGUGUUUGGGGCUAAGCAGGCCUGGAGAAAUGCCCCACGAUGUGUGGGCAGGAUACAGUGGGGGAAGCUGCAGGUCUUUGAUGCCCGAGAUUGCAGCUCUGCUCAAGAGAUGUUCACCUGCAUCUGCAAUCACAUCAAGUACGCCACCAACAAAGGCAACCUUCGCUCAGCUAUCACAGUGUUCCCACAGCGCUCCCUGGGCAAGGGAGAUUUCCGUAUCUGGAACAGUCAGCUGAUCCGCUAUGCAGGCUACAGGCAGCAAGAUGGCUCUGUCUUAGGGGACCCAGCCAAUGUGGAGAUCACUGAGCUCUGUAUCCAGCAUGGCUGGACCCCAGGGGAUGGACGCUUUGAUGUGCUCCCACUGCUGCUCCAGGCCCCGGAUGAGCCACCUGAACUCUUCCCUCUGCCCCCAGAACUUGUGCUCGAGGUGCCACUGCAACAUCCUACGCUGGAGUGGUUCGAGUCCUUGGGCCUACGUUGGUAUGCACUCCCAGCUGUGUCCAACAUGCUUUUGGAGAUUGGAGGACUGGAGUUCCCCGCAGUGCCUUUCAGUGGCUGGUACAUGAGCAGCGAGAUUGGCAUGCGCAACCUGUGCGACCCUCACCGAUACAACAUCCUUGAGGAUGUGGCCGUCUGCAUGGAACUAGACACCCGGACAACCUCCUCUCUGUGGAAGGACAAGGCAGCUGUGGAGAUCAACCUAGCAGUGCUGCACAGCUACCAACUGGCCAAAGUGACCAUUGUGGAUCACCACGCAGCCACAGCCUCCUUCAUGAAGCACCUGGAGAAUGAACAACGGGCACGAGGCGGCUGCCCUGCUGACUGGGUCUGGAUUGUGCCCCCAAUCUCCGGCAGCCUCACCCCAGUCUUUCACCAGGAGAUGGUUAACUACUUCCUGUCCCCAGCCUUCCGCUAUCAGCCUGACCCGUGGAAGGGGACAACAACAAAAGGAACUGGCAUCACCAGGAAAAAAACCUUUAAGGAAGUGGCCAAUGCAGUGAAGAUUUCAGCUUCCCUGAUGGGCACAGUGAUGGCAAAGCGGGUGAAGGCAACGAUUCUGUAUGGCUCAGAAACUGGUCGGGCCCAGAGCUAUGCUCAGCAGCUGGGGAGGUUGUUCCGGAAAGCCUUUGACCCUCGGGUCCUCUGCAUGGAUGAAUAUGAUGUGGUGUCCCUGGAGCACGAGACCCUGGUCCUGGUGGUCACCAGCACAUUCGGGAAUGGAGACCCUCCAGAAAAUGGAGAGAGGUUUGCAGCCGCCCUGAUGGAAAUGUCUGGUCCCUACAACAGCUCUCCCAGACCAGAGCAGCACAAAAGCUACAAGAUUCGCUUCAACAGCGUCUCCUGCUCAGACACGCUGGUGUCCUCAUGGCGGCGAAAGAGGAAAGAAUCCAGCAACACAGACAGUGCAGGAGCUCUAGGAACUCUAAGGUUCUGUGUGUUUGGCCUUGGCUCCCGGGCCUACCCCCACUUCUGUGCUUUUGCCCGGGCAGUAGAUACACGGCUGGAAGAGCUAGGAGGAGAGAGGCUACUGCAGCUGGGCCAGGGGGAUGAAUUAUGUGGCCAGGAAGAGGCCUUCCAGGGCUGGGCCCAAGCUGCAUUCCAGGCCUCCUGUGAGACCUUCUGUGUGGGCGACGAUGCCAAGGCUGCUGCUCGGGACAUAUUCAGCCCCAAGAGAAGUUGGAAACGCCAAAGAUACCGUCUGAGUGCCCAGCCUGAGGGGCUCCAGCUGCUGCCAGGCCUUAUACAUGUACACAGGCGGAAGAUGUUUCCAGCCACUGUUCUCUCAGUGGAAAACCUGCAGAGCAGCAAGUCAACCCGGGCCACAAUCCUGGUGCGUCUGGCCACAGGAGGGCAGGAGGGCCUGCAGUAUCAGCCCGGGGACCACAUUGGGAUCUGCCCCCCCAACCGGCCUGGCCUAGUGGAAGCCCUCUUGAGCCGUGUAGAGGAUCCACCCCUUCCCAGUGAGCCCAUCGCUGUGGAGCAGCUGGAAAAGGGGAGCCCAGGCAGCCCACCCCCAGGCUGGGUCCGGGACCCCCGGCUGCCCUCGUGCACAUUACAACAGGCUCUCACCUUCUUCCUGGACAUCACCUCCCCACCAGGGCCUCAGCUCCUGCGCCUGCUCAGCACCCUGGCAGAGGAGCCCAGCGAGCAGCAAGAGCUGGAGGCUCUUAGCAAGGAUGCUCGGCGCUAUGAGGAAUGGAAAUGGUUCCGUUGCCCCACCCUCCUGGAGGUGCUGGAGCAGUUCCCAUCGGUGGCGCUGCCAGCACCUCUGCUCCUCACCCAGCUGCCUUUGCUCCAGCCGCGGUACUACUCAGUCAGCUCUGCACCCAGCGCCCACCCUGGGGAGAUCCACCUUACAGUGGCUGUGCUGGCAUACCGGACACAGGAUGGGCUAGGCCCCCUGCACUAUGGGGUGUGCUCCUCGUGGUUAAGUCAGCUCAAGUCUGGAGAUGUGGUACCCUGCUUCAUCAGAGGGGCUCCAUCUUUCCGCCUUCCAUCUGACCCUAAUGUACCCUGUAUUCUUGUGGGACCUGGCACAGGCAUUGCACCAUUCCGUGGAUUCUGGCAGGAGCGGUUACAUGACAUUGAGAACAAAGGAAUGCAUCCUGCCCCUAUGACCUUGGUCUUCGGGUGCCGCUGUUCCCAGCUUGAUCACCUCUACCGAGAAGAGGUGCAGGAUGCCCAGUAUCGAGGAGUCUUUGGCAGAGUCCUUACAGCCUUUUCCAGAGAACCUGACAGCCCCAAGACCUAUGUGCAGGACAUACUGCGGACAGAGCUGGCCUCCGAGGUGCACCGCGUGCUGUGCCUCGAGGGCGGCCACAUGUUCGUCUGCGGUGACGUCACCAUGGCUACCAGCGUCCUGCAGACGGUGCAACGAAUCCUGGCCACGGAGGGCGGAAUGGAGCUGAGCGAGGCCGGGGACGUCAUCGGGGUGCUGCGGGACCAGCAGCGCUACCACGAGGACAUCUUCGGGCUGACGCUGCGCACGCAGGAGGUGACGAACCGCAUUCGCACGCAGAGCUUCUCCCUGCAGGAGCGGCAGGCGCGGGGCGCCGUUCCCUGGGCCCUUAGCGAGCCCACCCCGGAGACCCCUGAGUCCUGAGGGCCUGCCCGCUCCCAUUAAAGUCUCUAGUUUUGAUA